UUUGUCGUCUGCCCAGUACGGAGAUAAUAGCGGAUCGCGAGGCACUGAGAAUAUGAACUCGUCGGAUGGACUGCGCGCGAUUAGGGCGUCUAAAUUCGAACGUACUGCUAACCUGAAAAAUAUGGGCACCAAAAGAACGGUAAUACUAUGGGUAUUUUGCCGGACCCGCUUAGUUUGCUCCGGAAAUACAUUAUCAGUAAUGAAGACAUAGUGGAACGCGGAAAUUUAAUAUUCUUUGGAGAGUUUUCAUUCUCAAAGAAUGUUAAAACGAACUACCUUAUGUGGAGAGACCCCAGGGCGGGUAUCAAAGAAUACUACACAUUAGAAUGUCUUCUAUAUUUUCUCAAAAAUGUACACCUUGUUCAUGCCGUAUAUGUCAGACAGGCAGCGGCUGAAAAUAUCCUCGCUGUGCGUCGUCCAGAUCGUACACAGCUAGUAGCUUACAUAACUGGAAAAACUUCAGAUUGUUCGUCAAUUGAUAGCAGUGCCAUUCUGGAAAUUCCAACUAGGGUAAAGCGUACCCAUGAUGAUGAUGAGAUCGUCAAUUCAGUGUCAAAAAGACCUCGUAUUGAAUAUGCCCAAAUACAGAAAGUUCGUUUGCAACUUUCUACUCGUCUUGAAGUCACAAAGGCAGAAGUGAUGGUUGCAAAUAUUAAAUCCGAGGUAGAUCAGGGAUGUGUAGCCAACAGUAACAGAUACAAAAUAAACGAAUAUUAUGACAACAACAAUGAUCUAGAUUUUAGAGCUAUUCUAGACGAUGAUAUGAAUAAUCUUAUCCACCAGGAGAGGCAAAGUAGGACCAGAACUACAGUACUACAGAGCAAUGGAAAAACAUUUUAUGGGAGUGUAAUCAGUCUUUUUCAAGCAAAAGUGCCGAAAGUAAGCACUGACACGUAUGAAGUAGCUAAACCAAUGGGAAAACCGCAGCCAUACAGUCGAUACGAUCAGGAGAAAUUUAUUACAAAUAAUGAACUGGAAGAUUUCAAAAUUGACACAACGGGUACCUAUCAAGGCAUGAUAUUGAAGUCCGUAGUCGAAGGGAAGAAUACUUGCGCCCGCACCUCAAAUGAUUCUAGUCAGCUGUUACCGAUACCACGAACACCAGCGACAUCAAAGUCACGCACUCCCAUAAUCAUAAUCCCGGCCGCUCCUACCUCACUCAUAUCGUUGUAUAACGUCAGAGACUUGUUGCAAGACCUUAAAUUCGUCUCAGUGCAGCAAAAGAAAGAUACAGGCGCUGUACGUGAAAACGAAGUGAUACUUCAGAGAAGAAAAGGCGAUGACAACUCUGUUACGGUGCCAUACCGCGUUGUGGACGACCCUAGUCGACUGUCAGCAGCUGAUUGGGACAACGUGGUAGCGGCUUUCGUGUUAGGCAACGCCUGGCAGUUCAAAGGGUGGCCGAGGGAAGGGAAUCCAGCGGAAAUCUUCGCCACCAUUUGCGCGUUCCACCUAAAGUUGGAAGAGAUGAAGCUAGACGUCCGCAUAUCGCGUUGGGCGGUGAACGUGUUAACUCUGAGCCGCACCAAGCGCCACCUGGACCGCGGCGUACUGGGUCGUUUCUGGGAGACGCUUGACAAGCACAUGAUGACGAAAAAACCUCAUUUAAGAUUUUAGUUAAAAUAUGUUAGCUUUAUUUUAUUAAUAGAAUAGGGAUGACGACUACAUUAAAAAAAUGGAAUUAUGUUUAGUCCGUUAGUUAAAUCGUCUCAAAAUACUGAACACAUAUGUUUCGCUUAUCUAAUUAAUGAAAAAAUACAAAGAUACAGGGCAUCAAAGUUCCGGAGUGGGGGCUUG